CGUGAGGAAGAUGGUGGCGGCCGCUUGAGCGCGUCCCCGCGCUCCCCUUCCUCCCCUCAGACGGGCGGGCGGGCGGAGCAGAGGAGAGCGGCUGCUGCUGCCGUCCCGGCUGGGCGGGCGGCUGAGGGCGGGAGGCGGCCCCUCGUCGGCGGCCGUGCGGGGAGGAAGCGGCGGGCAGCUGCAGCCGACAUGGAGGAGCGGUCCCCUCCCGGCGGGGGCCCGACGUCCCCCCCGCGGGGCUGAGCCAGCGGCCCGCCCGCCCCGCGCCUCGGGAGGGCUGCGGGGGAGCGGGGCCAGCGGCGGGCGGCGGCAGCCCCGGCCCGGCUCGGCCCAGGCGAGGGGACUAUGCGGGGCUGCCCCGGCGCGCAGUGUGCGGAGCCCGGCGAGCGGCCGAUCGCCGCGGCGCUGCCCGGCCGCCCCUACGCGGCGGGGACCGGAGGAGACUAGAGGCGACUCUGCGAGGAGCCCGGUGGCUUCGGCAACCCCAGAGACCCAAGUCCGGCGCGGGCUCUUGAGGAGGAAUUGACAACAUGGCUUCCCCACCGCACCAGCAGCUGCUGCAUCACCACAGCACCGAGGUGAGCUGCGACUCCAGCGGGGACAGCAACAGCGUGACGGUGAAAAUCAACCCCAAGCAGCACCAGGGCUGCACCUCUUCCAAGCACUGCAAGUACAGCAUCUCCUCCAGCUGCAGCUCGGGCGAGUCGGGGGGCGCCCGCCGAGCCGGCGGAGCGGGCGGCACUGGCUCCGGCCUCCGCCGGCAGAAGAAGCUGCCGCAGCUCUUCGAGAGGGCCUCUUCCAAGUGGUGGAACCCCAAGUUCGACUCCAACAACCUGGAGGAGGCUUGCAUGGAGAGAUGCUUCCCGCAGACGCAGCGCAGGUUUCGCUAUGCCCUCUUCUACAUUGGCGUGGCCUGUCUGCUCUGGGGCAUCUACUUCGGCAUACACAUGAGAGAGAAACAGAUUGUUUUCAUGGUGCCGGCUCUGUGCUUCCUUCUGGUAUGUGUAGCUUUUUUUGUGUUCACUUUCACUAAGACUUAUGCCCGCCAUUACGUAUGGACUUCGCUGACACUCACCCUCCUGGUGUUUGCUCUGACCCUCGCUCCGCAGUUCCAGGCUCUGAAGCCUGUCUCAGGAAGUGGUGACAUGUCCAACCGGACUCUCCCGGCAGAUCCCACGGACACUUGUCUUUCUCAAGUGGGCAGUUUUUCUAUGUGUAUUGAAGUGCUCUUGUUGCUUUACACAGUGAUGCACUUACCCCUGUAUUUAAGCUUGUUCCUGGGACUGUCGUACUCGGUCCUCUUCGAGACCUUUGGUUAUCACUUCCGUGAUGAGAACUGUUUCACACCUCUGGGAGCUGGUGCGGUUUACUGGGAGCUGUUGAGUAAAGCCUUCCUGCACAUCUGCAUCCACGCCAUCGGUAUUCAUUUAUUUAUCAUGUCCGAAGUCAGAUCAAGAAGCACAUUCCUGAAAGUGGGGCAAUCCAUCAUGCACGGAAAAGACUUAGAAGUGGAAAAAGCCCUGAAAGAGAGGAUGAUUCAUUCUGUUAUGCCAAGAAUAAUAGCCGAUGACUUAAUGAAGCAGGGGGAUGAUGAAAGUGAAAACUCCAUCAAACGUCAUUCCACCUCAAGCCCCAAAAACAGGAAGAAGAAGCCCUCCAUACAGAAAACCCCCAUAAUAUUCCGUCCCUUUAAAAUGCAGCAGAUCGAGCAAGUGAGCAUUUUGUUCGCGGAUAUCGUCGGCUUCACGAAAAUGAGCGCCAACAAAUCAGCCCACGCCCUGGUGGGACUCCUGAAUGACCUCUUUGGACGCUUUGACCGUCUGUGUGAGGACACUAAAUGUGAGAAGAUCAGCACUUUGGGAGACUGUUACUACUGCGUGGCCGGCUGCCCUGAGCCCCGGGCAGACCAUGCCUACUGCUGCAUCGAGAUGGGCUUGGGCAUGAUCAAAGCCAUCGAGCAGUUCUGCCAGGAGAAGAAAGAAAUGGUGAACAUGAGAGUCGGUGUUCACACCGGGACAGUCCUGUGUGGCAUCUUGGGCAUGAGGAGGUUCAAGUUCGAUGUGUGGUCCAACGAUGUCAAUUUGGCCAAUCUGAUGGAGCAGCUUGGGGUGGCCGGCAAGGUCCAUAUUUCGGAAGCUACUGCCAAAUAUUUGGAUGAUCGCUAUGAAAUGGAGGAUGGCAAGGUGGUUGAGCGCGUCGGUCAGAGCGUGGUAGCCGACCAGUUAAAAGGUUUAAAGACCUAUCUGAUCUCGGGCCAGAAGGUGAAGGAGCCCCAGUGCAGCUGUUCCCAAGCUUUGCUUCCUGGCUUGGAGCCUGCAGACGGAGCCAGGACUCCGGGGACGUCGGCAGCCGACAGCUCCAGCGACCCCUCCAAGACAACCAAACAGGUGGAGAAGCCCAAGCCUUGCCCUUCAUGUAGUACCACCCUUGCUCCCCACUGCGAUGUCAGCAUAGAUGAAGGAGCUAUCCAAAAUGGUUGUCAGGAUGAGCAUAAAAACAGUACAAAGGCUCCAGGAGGACACAGCCCAAAGACCCAGAAUGGACUUCUGAGUCCUCCCCAGGAGGAGAAGCUGAGCAACAGCCAAACCUCUCUGUAUGAGAUGCUGCAGGAGAAGGGGCGCUGGGGCGGCGUCAGCCUCGACCAGUCAGCUCUGCUCCCCCUGAGGUUCAAAAACAUCCGGGAAAAAACAGAUGCCCACUUUGUGGAUGUGAUUAAAGAAGACAGCCUCAUGAAAGAUUACUUCUUUAAACCACCUAUUAACAAGCUGAGCCUCAACUUCUUGGAUCAGGAUUUGGAGAUGUCCUACAGGACGAGCUACCAGGAGGAGGUUAUAAGGAAUGCUCCAGUGAAGACGUUUGCCAGUGCCACCUUCAGCUCUCUGCUGGACGUGUUCCUGUCCACCACAGUCUUCCUCAUCCUCUCCAUCACGUGUUUCCUGAGGCACGGCAUGGUGGCAGCCCCGCCGCCGCCCGCCGCCGUCGCCGUGUUUGUCAUCGCCAUCCUGCUGGAAGUGCUGUCCCUUGUCGUGUCCAUCAGGAUGGCUUUUUUCCUGGAGGAGGUGAUGACUUGCACCAAGCGGCUCCUGGAGGUGAUAUCUGGCUGGCUGCCCCGACACUUCUUCGGUGCAAUCCUGGUUUCUCUCCCAGCUCUUGCAGUUUUUUCACACUUCACCUCUGAUUUUGAAACAAAUAUACAUUACACCAUGUUCAUGUGUUGUGCCAUUCUCAUCACCAUUGUGCAGUACUGUAACUUCUGCCAGCUCAGCUCCUGGAUGAGAUCCCUGCUGGCAACGGUGGUGGGAGCAGUGCUGCUCAUCCUGCUCUACGUCUCCUUGUGCCCCUCCAGCUCCAUGGAAGCUCCUCAUCUAGAUUUGGCACAGAACUUUAGCUCCAGGAAGAGCCCGUGCAACAGCUCGGCUGCGAGCGAGGCGCGGCGGCCGGCGGAGCUCAUCGGCCAGGAGGUGGUUCUGGUGUCCUUCCUGCUGCUCCUGCUCGUCUGGUUCCUGAACCGCGAGUUCGAGGUCAGCUACCGCCUGCACUACCACGGGGACGUGGAGGCCGACCUGCACCGCACCAAGAUCCAGAGCAUGAGGGAUCAGGCUGACUGGCUGCUGAGGAACAUCAUCCCCUACCACGUGGCCGAGCAGCUGAAGGUGUCCCAGAGCUAUUCCAAAAACCACGACAGCGGCGGGGUGAUCUUUGCCAGCAUCGUGAACUUCAGCGAGUUCUACGAGGAGAACUACGAGGGAGGCAAGGAGUGCUACCGGGUCCUGAACGAGCUCAUCGGGGACUUCGACGAGCUGCUGAGCCAACCCCACUACAGCAGCAUCGAGAAGAUCAAAACCAUCGGGGCCACCUACAUGGCGGCGUCGGGGCUCAACACGUCGCAGUGCCAGGACAGCAGCCAUCCCCACGGGCACCUGCAGACCCUUUUUGAAUUUGCCAAAGAAAUGAUGCGGGUGGUGGAUGACUUCAACAACAACAUGCUGUGGUUUAACUUCAAACUGCGCAUCGGCUUCAACCACGGCCCCCUCACGGCCGGGGUCAUCGGCACCACCAAGCUGCUCUACGACAUCUGGGGGGACACUGUGAACAUCGCCAGCAGGAUGGACACCACCGGCGUCGAGUGCCGCAUCCAGGUGAGUGAGGAGAGCUACCGCAUCCUCAGCAAGAUGGGCUAUGACUUUGACUACAGGGGGACGGUCAAUGUGAAGGGGAAGGGGCAGAUGAAGACCUACCUUUACCCCAAGUGCAUGGACAACGGCAUCGUGCCCCACCACCAGUUGUCCAUAUCUCCAGACAUUCGGGUUCAAGUGGAUGGCAGCAUUGGGCGGUCUCCCACGGAUGAGAUUGCCAACUUGGUGCCUUCUGUACAGAAUUCUGAUAAGAUUGCCCAUGGCACAGAUAGCUCAGAAGCCAAGGACAUCCUUCCUCCCGCCAAGAAGCUCCAGAAGGACACGGCCAAGGCAGAGGAGAGGUGCAGGUUUGGCAAAGCCGUGGAAAAGGAUGACUGUGACGAGACGGGGACUGAGGAGGUCAAUGAACUGACAAAGUUAAAUAUCUCUAAGAGUGUAUGAUGAACUGUCAGAGUUGCAUGAAGUGCUCUGUCCAUAGAAACACACAGACUUUUGCAAUUGGCAGUUUUCUUUUCCAAGAGAGACCUUCUCCACCCCUGGGUUGUACGUUUGUGUUCAUUUCGGCACCUGGGGCUGUGUGGAUCAUGGCUCUUCAGGGCUUGUUUUCAUCCAUCUCUCUCCUCCAUGCCCCAAACCACAUCCCAAGCUCCCCAGCUCCCUGUGCAACCAUCUUACAGCUGAGUAGAGGAUAUUAAGUGCCUUCAGAUAUACUCCAUUGGACUCCCUGUCAAGGUACAGAGGCCCCAAGUGAAAUCAUAGCUUUGGGUAUUUAUCUAAUUUUAAAGAAAAGAAAAAGCUGUGGUUAUAUCAUUUUUAUUGUCGUUUCUCACAAAACACUUUUUUUGGCUAAUGCAACUCCUUGGGUUUUUUAUAUCUCUCGGAACAAUGUUUUACUGUUAUCAGACCUUUUGUAUGUAACACACAGACAUGUGCAUGUAUCUACCAUAUGAGACUGCUAUAAAGUGCCAGUAAUGCACCACAAGAAUGUCUGGGCGAGGGGUGGCACCCUUUGGGCCGGGCUGGAGGGGAGUUGUGCCGUGGCUCAGCCUUUAGUCGGGGCAGGAGGAGCAGCUGCUGCCCUUCUGUUCUCCUUUCCCCAUGCUUCUGCAGCCUCCAUGUGCCAUCGUGUGCUUUGGAUACACUUCUUUUCCAUAUAGCCAAUGAGUUACUGAUCCUGGGAAUGGAAGGAGGGUUGGGACAGUGCCAGCUCUGGGGACAGAUGUCCAGAAGCAGGAGAGACCACGGGAGUGCUGCAGUUCAGGGCUCCCGGCUCCGUGUGCAGCUCAGUGGGUGAAGGUAGGUGACAUCGGUGUCUCGGAGCUGAUUGGAGAGAGACAGAGAAGCAAAAUAAAUGUUUUGGGAAUGCCUUUAUUUAUUUAUUUAUUUUAUUCCUGUUUGGUUUCUUGGGGUUUUGUUAAUUUCGUUUGGGACUUUUCGUGGAAGGGACUGGGAGAGAUAAAUCAUUCAUGGGUUUCAUGGGAGUGAUGAGACAGAGUUUGAGCCUCUUUGAACUACCAACCACUGUGAGGAUGUUACCUUUGGCAAUAUUUGCUCCCAAGCUGGUGACACUUUGGAAGCCACCAAACACAGUUGAGUAUCCCAGCUUCCCUCUGGACUGAACCAAUGGUGCUGCACAACAUUUUCAGGAUUUUUACACACACCCACACCCACAUGCACACGCACACACACACACACACACACACCUCUGUGCUUUUGCAGCAGGGAGGAAAUCAGAAUGCUCCCUUCCUGCUGCUGCAAGCAGGAAUAGGGAGCAGAGUCCUUGUAGUGAGCUGAGAAGCACAAACAUUUCCCAGCCCUGCAGAGAGCUCUGUGCAGGUCCCUGGAGCAGAGCCUGCAGGAGCCCAGGAGCUGCUUGCACAGAGGGAGCUCUGUGCUGGGGGCUUGGGCUGUGCCAGGCUGUGCCCUCUGCACGCUUCCACCACCUCCCUCUCUGGCAUUUGGUGCCCUGCUGGGGAUCAUAUUGACCAUUGAACUGUUCUAGUUCAGCCAACUCCCUCUGACACCAAAUCAAGUGAGAGGAUUUUUAUUCCCAAAACAAGCUGAUCAGCCAGGGAAGAGCUGGGGAAAGGUGGUGCUGCACUGGCUGCUGAUGGAAUGGGGGCUCUUUCCAUCUGAACUCAACUCAGAGUGCAUUGAUUCUUCCUCUCAUCCCCAUGUGAUUUUGGGGUAUGAGUAAUAAAUGUAUCCAUGGUGGGGUUCCUGUUCCAUCUCCUCUCCACAGUCAGCAUGGAGCCUGUGAAGCCUUUCUGAGAUGUGACUGUGGGAUUGCUGGAUCUCAGUUAAACAGAACUCUGUGCACAGGUCCUGCAAAGCUGCUCUUUAUCCAUGUCAGUAUUCCAUUGAUAGCAAAGCUGCUCAGUGUUCAUCUUCUUCUCUCAAUCUGCCAGCACACAACAAACCAGGGGAUCCUCACCCCAAAUCCAGGUGCCACAGAUGCUGUUGCCUGUUUGGAGGCUGUUCCCAGUGAGCAGCAAUGUGAGUGUUUUGAGGGCAGAGUUUUCCAGCAGCUUCCUACUCCCCUAGAUUACAACUUCCCCCUCCCCACAGUGGGUUGUCCUUCCAACUUUCAGGUAGUAAUUCUGCAAAUACCUCUUGCAUCUGAAGAAUGUGUUCCUGACACCAUUGUUAGGGUUCUUGGUGCAGUUAAGGUGUGUCAGUAUUCCUUUUCCUACAGUCAAAGAGCUAACAUGAUCCAGAAUUGUUUACAUGCCUUCCAGUGUUACAUUAUUACCUUAGAGUCCUUCCAGCCUUGCUCCCUGACGCUCCUUUCUCCAGUUUUACAGACCCUGCCCAUCCUUGCUGUCUCCCUGCUCAGCUGUGUGCAAGGGCAGAGCUCAGUCUGGAGGCUCUGGCUCCUUGAGACCUGCACAACAACCAAACCUGCACCAGGAGAGGUUGGCAACCUCUGGUUAAACCCAAAGGAGAAGGUGCUGGAUGGGACCCUGGACCCCAACCACCUUCCCCUUCAGUGUUCAGGAGGCAGAAUCCUUCUCCUCCAGCCCAUAAAGGACACAAGGUUCCCAUGCUGCUGUGGUGUGGGGCUGUGGGAUCUUUGGAUGUAUGGGAACAUCCAAAUACCAAACUCCAAACCCACCAGGGCCUCUCUUUGUUGGCACUGAGCAAAUCAAGGCACUGAGGACAGCAGCUCUGGUGCACUCAGAAAUCAAGGGCUGUUGUCUGCUCUGGGAACUGCCAGUGAUGUGCUCUGCCUUAACUGGAUUGGGAGAAGGCUCCUGAUGGGUGACCAGUGGUGCCCUGUUUGCUCCUUGCCAGGACAGCAGCAAGAAUUCCACAGCUUGGGCUGCCAGGGGUUAAAUCUCUUCAGUGCAGGGUAGUAACCAAAUCAAGUUGUUCAGUUCUCAAUGGAUGGUUUGGAGGGGGAGGUUUCUACCUGUUUGUGUUGCAAACCAGUGUGAGCUGAACCUUCACACCUCCCUUGAUGCUUUUGAAGGUUUAUCCUGACACAGAGAUGACUCUGGAGGCGUUUCCAGCAGUGGCUGUGCUGCUGUGGGAGGCCCCAGGAGAGUUCACCCCAUGAAAUGCCUGUGCUGUGGUGCUGUGGGUGCCAGCAGUGCUGUCAGUGAACCUGGGGGGCUGGCUGGAUCCCCACGGGUUUAUUCCACAAGGACAAUCCAUCCCUGGCUGUGCUUCCAAUCUUUAGGGUGGUUUAAUAAUUUAAAAAUGAUCCAGAGAAGGGGACUGGGGAGGUUGCUGAGUAUUUGUGAGCCCUGAGUUGCCUCCUGCCCCUUGCAGCACCUGCUCCAGGGUGCAGAGUGAGAGUGCACAGAACACUGUCAGCACUGAGGUCUCAAUCUGCUGCUGACACACCAAGAUGCUUUUUCCUCCCUGCUGCUCCUGUGAGAGAUUUCUCAGUGAGAACCAGGUAAAUGGCAUUGCCAUUGUUUAACUUCUGCCAUCAGGACUUUGAGAAGGGUGGAUUUGCUGUUAUGUAACGUGAGCAGAGUGGGACAGUGCCACGAUGUGGCUGCAGCUUCUGCUGUGCCCCAGGAGUGACAAUGAGGGGAGGAAAGGGUGGCUUCCCCAAGGGCUUUUCACAAAACAAAAGUAUUUGGAUCCCUUUUUUUAGGGCUAAAACACAGAGAGGAGGUGUCCAGAGCAAAACUGAAGGGAGCACCCUGUCCCCAUAGCAGCUUUAGCUAAAGAGGAGUUUAUUCCUGAGUAAAAGGCCAAGUUUUUAGGGCUUCUGGAAUUUUAAAAUUGCUAACUCUGACCUGUUUCUAAAACUUUCAGUCUGAAUACAGCAAAAGGUGUUGCAAGGGAGCAGUUAAUUCACAUCACAACAUCUCAAGAGGCUGAGGGUGCCUGAGAUUGGCUGUAACACCUUUGACUGUUUAAAUCUGCACUUGGACUUGGGGAGGUUCAAAAAUUCAAAAAUUUGUUUUCUGCCUUCUUCCCUGCUGUGGUCUCUCAUUCUCCAUCUAGAUGGGACACACAGGUGGCUGUUGCCCUCUGCUCCUCACCUUUGGGAACCUUUGUCUUCCUCAUUGCACAGCAGCUGCUGAGCUGAGCUCAGGGCUCUGGGUGCUGCUGGUGCCUCCCUGUGUCCUGAGGAAAGGGGAGAUUGUGUUUGCUUGGAUGCCUUGGUCCAUUCUGCCUGGUCACAGCUGCAGCUUCCUCCUCCUGGUGCUGACAGAAGAUACAGAAGAGGCACAUCCCUGCAGUUGAAUUUAAGAAUCAAAUUUAAAAAUGCAGGUGUUGUUUAUUGAUGUGAUUUUUCCAGUUGCUGGGAAUGCCAGAGGGGUGGUUUGGCUGUAAGAACAGAAUGAUUUGCAAGUGGGGACAGUUGAGGUGGAGGUGCAGGGAUGACCCAGUGCCCUGGCACUGCCACCUCAGUGCCCAGGCAGCUGUGAAAAGCCAGCUGAAGUCUCAGGGCACUGCUGAGACUCUGUUGGCUGCUUGUGGAACAUUGAUUUGUGCAGCAAAGCCGUUUGCUCCAAUGCUUUUCUCCUUUUGAGUUCUCUCUGCAGGCUGUUGCAGUCCUUGGUUUGUUUCCUGGGGUAAAACUUGAAUUGCCAUUGCUGAGACUGAGCUGUGCAGGCAGUGGCAGUGGGAUUCUGCAGAAUCCUAUAGGAAAGUUGGAAUUAGUGACCAUUCCUCAGCAUUCCUGCAGGCCCUGGGGCUGUGUGAGUGCUGCCAUGGUGUGAAGGUGUCUCAGUUCAGAGCUGCAGGUGGGACUCAGUGUCAUCCUUUGGCUCCAUAUGGUGGCGUGCUUCCAGCUCUGGAGCUGGGGGGACACGGAGAGGGGAAUGUGGAGUGAGCUCCUGGCUGGAUUCAAGGCUGAUCUGUGUGUCCAGGAGUGCUGUGCAGGAAGGUGUCUCAGCGGUGGAGCAGUGCCUCAGUUUCCCAAGCUGUUCUUGUUUUCUGGGGCAGGGAAGCAGAGAGCUUUAAAACGGGCUGUUUUUAUUAAAAUCUGCAUUAACACCACCCCCUGAACUCUGCACAGAGAGCUUUAUUGGUGAAAGUCAGACAGCAGGAGCUGAUUGCUUUGUCUUAUUUAAAGAGUUUGUUUAAAAUGAAACAAAAGGCUCUGUAGAAGUUGAAGGAGAAAAUAAAAUGAGUAGAAUAUGUCUUGUUUUGACAGUGGUGCAGUUAGAGGGUGCCAUGGAAAGGAAGUUUGAGGUGCUUUGCAAACACUGGGUAGGGCUCUGGUAGAAAAAAAAAAAAUCCAAACAUUUUGUAUAAAAUCUCUUCCAAGUCUUUGUGGUGUGAACUGCACUUCUGUCUCAGCCCUGAUAAGGGGCUGGGCUGUACAGCACGUACAGAACUGUUUGCUCCUUGCCUUGGGGAGUCAAUAUUGGCUUGGGAGAAAGAAGAUUACUUUGGACAAAACAGAUUGGUGGGAGAUAGUUAAAGCUUUUUUAUUUUCCUUGUUCCUUAUUGUAGCUGCUGAAGCUGUGCUGCCCUAGCCCAGCUGCCCAGGCUGGGGCUGGCAGGAGCUGAGGCAGAGGCUCAGUGUGUUCCCAUCCCUGCUCAGGGUGGAGCUCAGCGUCCUCCUCAGGAGCUGACCCACAGGGGAGAUCACGGUCUGAGGCUGCAGCCCUUGGUGUUCUGCACUCCUGGAAUGGCCCCAGGCUGCUGUCAGCACCUCCUGUCCCAGCCUUGCUGUGCUUUGCUGCAUUCUCUCCCUGUUCUCUGGCUCGCUGCAACAAUUGCACAGAAUCCCAGAAUGGUUUGGGUUGGAAGGGACCUCAGAGCCCAUCCAGUGCCACCCCUGCCAUGGCAGGGACACCUCCCACUGUCCCAGGCUGCUCCCAGCCCUGCCCAGCCUGGCCUUGGGCACUGCCAGGGAUCCAGGGUGGGCACCCUGUGCCAGGGCCUGCCCACCCUCACAGGGAACAAUUCCCAAUUCCCAAUAUCCCAUCCAUCCCUGCCCUCUGGCAGUGGGAGCCAUUCCCUGUGUCCUGUCCCUCCAUCCCUUGUCCCCAGUCCCUCUGCAGCUCUCCUGGAGCCCCUUCAGGCCCUGGCAGGGGCUCUGAGGUGUCCCUGGAGCUUCUCCUCUCCAGGUGAGCACCCCCAGCUCUGCCAGCCUGGCUCCAGAGCAGAGGGGCUCCAGCCCUUGGGGCAUCUCCAUGCCUGUAAUGGAUUUUAAUGGCCAGAAGUUGCAGCAUUGAAUGAAUUGAAGAACUGCAGAGAAGGUCCUGGCUGGGAACAGUUGGUACAAUUUUGAGUUCCCACUCUCAUGGGUGAUGCUCUGACCAGUUUGUCAUCAGCUCAUUGCUGGAUGUGUGGUGUAAGGCAGUGCCACCACUUGCAUGUCACUGAUUUGGCCACCAAUUCUCAAAUCCUUCAGAUGAAUCCAAGUGACUUCCUCAAGUUUGUCCUCAUUUUCCUCCCUCAGUUACUCAAGUCUUCACUUGUUUCUACCUUGAUGCUGUUUCCACCUUUGGAGUUGCAGAUGGUUUGUAUGGAUUUGUGCUGGCAGGUACAGCUCAGGGGGGCAGGGAAGGACACAUAACGUGCUCCAUCUGUGGGUGUGCCCAAGGGAAAUGCCUCUGCAGGGACUCUGGAGCUUUGCCUUUCCCAGGUGAGCCCUGAGCUGUGUUUAGGGUUCAUUUCCAGUCCUGGCUGUGCCCCUCCAUCAUGUCCAAAGGAGGGGGUGGCAGCACUGCCAGCUGUGCUCUGUGUCACAGCCUCAGCCAGUGAUGGCCACUACACAGGUGCUGGCAUGGUCCCACUGGCAGCAGCAGAUGCUCCAGGAGCCCACAGUGACCCUGUCCCCACUUCCAUUGCUUCUGCUUUCAGAGCCCAUGCUGAGAGACAGAGAUACAGAAUACCUGUGCUGGGACAGAGAGCUGUUACACCCUGCUGCAUGUACAGCUUUAAACUUCCAAAGUAAUAAACUCUCUAAAGCCAAGAGCCUUAACAACUCCAACUCUGCUGAGACAAGAAGCACAGUUCUGAGGUUGUGCUGAGUGUUUGGGAGUUUCUCCUGCUCCAGGGCAGGUGGCUCUGGUUUGCAGGGAGGCAGCAGCAGUGUCCAAAGAUGACAAGGACCUUGGCCACCCUCACCCAGUUCCCCAGGAACAGGUGAACAAGCUCCCCUGUGCUCUCAGGAAGGUCACCUCACUGCCCAGGGCCAGCUGGAUAGCUUUAGGUGUUGAACUGCUCAGGAAAGCUCCUUCUUUCCAUGGAACAGUGUCCUUAACUUAGCAUCAAACCUUGUCUUUGCUGGUGGAGGAUUCCUCCUUUCUCACCCUUUGUUCCUUCCAGCACUGAGGGGGUCAAGGCAGGGAUGGAAAUGAUGGGAAAGGGGGGAAGGAGCUGGGUGUGCCCCUGAGCCACCCCAGGGGAGGAGCUGCCAUGUGGGUCCCACAGCGGUGCCUGGGCAGGAGUGGCUCCAGCAGCUGAGCUGUCCCCAAGCUCUGGGGAGGUUUUCUCCUGGUUUGCUGCCUGCUCCAUGCAGCCAGGCCUUGGACACCUUGGGAAAUGCAUCUUCCCUCAUGCCUUUGGUUUGAUUUGCUCACAGAACCAAUUUCAGCUGGCACUGGGAAUCAGCGCUGUGUCUGAGCACACCCCGCUGGGGCUGGGGGUGAGGGUUGGGGUUGGGGUUUGGGUUGGAUCUGCCCACCCUCAGUGACACCCACACAGUGACCCCCCUGUAAAAGCCAUCCCUGGGCAUCGAGGGUGGUGGUACCUGAUUACAAACAGCUGGAGAGAGAUUGUUUUUGGAGUGAUCUGCUGAAACCAGGGUUGGCUUUGGUUUGCCAAGGGCAUGGAGUGGCCCUGGGAGCCAGCACAGGCCCCUGAGCAUCCUCUGCUUCCUUGAGAAGCUCCCUCAGCACUGACCCAGGGCUUCAGCACUCCCUGUCCUUGCACAAGCACACGUGGGGAUGGAUAGAAAUACAGAUGGAUAGAAAGCAUUACUUGAAAAUGCCAUUGAAACAUUAUUGAAUUUCAAAUUGAAAAUUGAGAACAGUUUCCAGGUAAAAUAUUUCAAAAGGCAAAUUUAGGUGUUUUGAAAUCUCCAGGUCAGCUGGACAUGAUUUUUUCCUGGUACCUCUGGUUCCUUUCCCUCGUGCCCAGCGCAGCCCGUGUUCCCUCCUCCUCCCUCCCUUGCAGAAGGACAGAACCGCUCUGUUUACACCCCCCUGCUGGGGCAGCCUCGCGGGGGCUGCCCGGGGGACGGGGCUCCCUCGCAGCAGCCUCGCUGUAAAUACUCUGCCAAUGCUUCGUGGACAAACCGAGAUGGCAAACAAACAGUUGUAUGUGUGAAAUAUUAAGCUGUGUGUGUAAAUAGAUCCAACGUGUAUUAUCUGGGCUCUGUAAUCAAUUGUGUAUUAAACUGCUCCACUGUACCAAUCAUUUCAUGCUCUCUUAGAUGUAGAAAAGCUAAGAAGUAAUUCACAAUACACUGUGUCAACUCCAAA